GACGCGUCUUGGGUGUGUAAGACCGCGACUGGCCAACUAUAACAGACUACCGAGUAGUACUGUAACAUCAUUCCCGCUACAACCCAGCCAUCGCACACACGGACUGCUUCCAGAUAUGGCCCCCUCUGCAAAAUCCACAAAAGCCCCUACCAAGACAUCAGGCAAAGAUAUUCGUGGCUUCUUUGGUCGUCCCAGCACAACACCAUCUGUCUCGAGCUCCAAGGCUACUCCUAGCGGCUCUGCAAGAGCAAUUCCCAUCGAAAUCAGUGAUGAUGAAGAACCCAGGUGCGUAGCAAUGCACGAUAUUGUUCUGUUGUUACCAAAUUCACAUAUUUACAGAGCUGCCGUGAAGACGGACACCGCACGAUCAGUGCAGAAGAAUUUCAAGACAGCUCGUGUCAUGGAUGACUCUCCGCCUCCGAUGAAGAAGCGAAAGAAACCCGCUGCACUUAUCUCUUCUAGUGACGAGGAUGAACAGGAGAAAGUGUCCCCACCCAAGAAGAAAGUAGCUAAGGCUCCCGCCCGGACAAAUGGCAUCGCGAAAGAAAAACCGGUCACAACCUCUCGUUCUCGUCAAGCUCCAUCGCGCAUCAAAAGGAAGGACGAAGACGAGUUCAUUGUUGAUUCUGAUGAGGACGAAUAUGACAAGCCUGUGCCGAAAAGCUCUAAGAAAGCGAAAGACACACCUGUAAAAUCUACUCCCGCAAUCCACAAGGCAGCCAAGAAACCUACUGCGAAAGCGGACGAUGAGGUUACUAAUGAUUCCGAAAAUAAACCUAAACCUAAACCCAAGUUUAACUGGGCUGCGAAAGCUGCGAAGAUAGCUGCUGGCCCUUCUCAACCAGGGUCGAAACAGGUGCCCACUCCAGCGGAUCCUAACUGUCUCUCCGGAUUAACCUUCGUAUUCACUGGCGAACUUUCCGCUUUCUCUCGUGACGAAGCUGUCGAUUUGGCGAAGCGUUUCGGCGGACGAGUCACUGGACAGCCAUCGUCGAGAACAUCUUAUGUCGUUGUUGGGCAAGAUGCUGGUCCUAGCAAGCUGGCAGCGAUCAAAAAGAACAACCUCAAGACUUUGGACGAGGAUGGCUUCCUAAAUUUGAUCGCCACUCGUGUUCCCGACCAAAGUGAUGAGAAGUUGCAGAAGAAACUGGCUAAGGAACAGGAUGCCAUUAAACAGGCCGCAAUGGAGAUGGAUCGAAGAGAACGGAAGGCGAAGUCUACAACCGCACCUUCCACCCAACUUUGGACGGAUCGAUAUGCGCCUCAGGCCUUAAAGGAGAUUUGCGGCAACAAGGGUCAGGUCGAGAAACUCCAGCAAUGGCUACAAGACUGGCCAGCGAGCUUGAAAUCCGGCUUCAAGAAACCUGGGAAGUCCGGAAUGAAUGUCUUCCGCUCAGUACUUAUCUCCGGUCCUCCUGGUAUAGGCAAGACGACAAGUGCUCAUUUAUGUGCGAAACUUGCUGGAUUUACGCCAAUUGAGUUGAACGCCAGUGACUCAAGAAGCAAAAAGCUAGUAGAGAGUAGCACCAAUAUCUCUAAUACGUCGUUGGACGGAUGGAUGCAUGGUGGAUCCGCGACCAACGUGGCCGGGGUACCCCUCACAGACCGAUCGUGUCUCAUCAUGGACGAAGUCGACGGCAUGUCUGCUGGCGAUCGUGGAGGUCUCGGGGCACUUGUGGCGCUUAUCAAAAAGACCAAGAUCCCAAUCAUAUGUAUAGCGAAUGACAAGAACACUCCUAAAAUGAAGUCCCUUGUGAAUGUAGCGUACAAUCUUCCAUUCAGAAGACCUGAUGCUGCCGCCAUUCGGUCAAGAAUUAUGACAAUUGCUUUCAAGGAGAAGAUGAAGAUUCCCGCGAACGUGGUCGAUGAGCUUGUACAAGGUGCCCAGUCGGAUAUUCGACAAGUGCUCAACAUGCUAUCUACUUGGAAGCUGUCUAGCAACACAAUGGAUUUCGACGAGGGCAAGGCAAUGGCGAAGAUGAACGAGAAAGGAACGAUCUUGACACCAUUCGAUGUCACUCACAAAAUGCUUGGUCCUUACCUGUUCUCAGCGACUUCUCGCGAAACACUCAAUAACAAGAUGGAGCUCUAUUUUCAAGAUUUUUCUUUCAUGCCUCUAUUCAUUCAAGAGAAUUACCUGAAGACAGAGCCCGCCAAGCUAAAGAACGACUCCGGUCCUGAAAGGCAUAUGAAGCACUUGCAACUUAUGGACAAGGCUGCUUCAUCCAUUUCGGAUGGUGACCUAGUGGAUGCACUUAUACAUGGACCAGAACAACAUUGGUCGCUAAUGCCUUUGCAUGCGGUUUGCUCUACCAUUCGACCUGCGUCUUUCUUGUAUGGUAGCGGUGGCGGGUAUGGAAGCCCUCACCCGGUAUCCUUCCCCCAAUGGCUUGGACAGAACUCGAAGCAGAACAAGCUGCAUCGUGAACUGACUGACAUGCAAGCUCGGAUGCGCCUAAAGGUCUCGGGUGACAGGAACGAAACGCGGCAGUCAUACGUCCCGACGCUGUUUACGCAUCUCGUCAAGCCUCUCAUGGACGAAGGAUCAAGUGCCGUCGAUGAAGUCAUAGACAAGAUGGAUGAUUACUUCCUCAAUCGUGAAGAUUGGGAUGCUGUGGUCGAGCUCGGAGUUGGCGAUCAUAAGGAAGAGGUCGUGUUGAAGAAGAUAUCACCAGCCACGAAAACGGCCCUCACCAGAAAGUACAAUGCCAAAGAACACCCAAUUGCAUUCCAUAAGGCAGAGGACUUGGGUAAAGCGGCGAAGAAGAUUGCUGCUCCAGGUCCAGCUCCUGACCUUGAAGAAGCCGUGGAGGUGAGCAUGGAUGUUUUCCAUGUUACCGUAAGUUUGCUCACACGACAUAUGUCAGGUGGAUGAAGAACUAGAAGAAGCAUCUGAGGAGAGUCCCAAGGGCGAUGAUGAUGAUCUGAGCACCGACAGCCUCAUCAAGGCUCCGAAGAAAAUUCAGGUUGCUGGUGGGCCAAAGGGGAAAGCAAAGGCGAAGGCGAAGAAGUAGUAUGAAUAUGGAUGGCCCAGCUUGAGACGGGUUAAUGACUUCAAUCGUAGUAUUUUAAUUACAUGAUGUUGUUUCCGAGCCUGCAUGAUUAUACGUAGUUCGAGCAAAUUGGUGCUGGAAACCCGUUAUCCAAAAGGGCAUGGCGGAAUUUGCAUCGUGGUUGCAGGCCACGAUG